AUGGGUCGCCCUCAGACGAGGGCCAUCUCGUCUUCAAGGAGGACCUCCCAUUAUACUUCAUUUAUGGCUUCCGGGAAUUCAUCUUCAGAAGCAACAUCUUGGACCUCCGACGUGUGAGGGGGAAACGGGUCCGAGAUGACGGGCUUCAAGACGGAUUCCCGAGAGAUCUAAUUCAUUCACAUCAAAGAGGUCCGCGUGCUUAAAACUUCUAGCAGUUCUUGACGUCAUCAGUGGGAGUGCGGUAGUAGAGGGCCGACUAGAAGAUGAGGGCUUGCUGAAACGCAGAAAAGAGUUACGGCUGAAGCAACUUCUGUAAACCUGCCUAACUGGCCUCGAGAAAAGGUAAUUAAAUGUUCGUAGCGCGGGAAUUUGUGGACACAGGUAAAAAAAGAGUGGUCCGGGUGGAGCACGUGAAUGAAUGUCGAAGAUAUUUUCUCCAUCCUACAGCUUAGACUUACUUAGAUUCUCACUGUUUCUUAUUUGAAGAUGCCUGUCGUACUUAGUUCUGUUCUUUGAAGAUGCUGCUGCAUCUUUAUACACGACUAUGCUGCAACAUCUUUUUAGACGAGUAAGUAGUACCCAUUCUACUAACUUUUAGGUAGUAGAAGUACCCAAACCCAUUCUACAACUCAUGCAAAAGAUUAAGAUGAUAAUAGUUCGUCUUCUCGUGCUGCAUUUUUGAGCUCACUAUAAUUGAUUUUACUUCAAUACGAGUCUAGAUCUAGUAUUUGAAUCCGACUUGGAUUCAAGAAAGUGUGAGUAGUUUGCCCCUCAAGGACGAUGAUCAUUCAUAAUCAAGGACUACAUUGGAGCACUUUCAUUACAUUACGUCUUCCAGAAGAUGCACCACAAAGUCAAUUACUUGAAAACAAUUUGUUAAUGGCUUUAUUCGGUUGCGGAUGCUGUGCUACGAUUACUAGAGCAGUUUCCCCCUAAGACAUACCAUGUUACAGAAGAUCCGCUACAAAGUGAAUUAUGUAAAGAAUUGAUACAAAUGGGGAAACGCAAGAUCGAAAGCCAUAGCAGUCGUCAAAUGGAGAAGGCAUGACAGUGAAUGUAACAUCAAAUAGCUAGCCCUUCUCGCUCUACACUCGAUCCUAUUGAUCUCGGUACAUGCAGAAUUUUAGAGCGUAACGGCUUAGGAAUACACUCCCUGCGCCACUUUUGGCGGUGGUUAUUCCUACGUUGACACUGAGCGGCCCCAACGAUAGAGGGAAACGCGACGGCAGGGGCCAACGCGUCCCCGAGUUGUGAAAACCGUGCGCAAUUUUGCUUGUUCGGUGUGUUUGUUCUUAUCCUGCGGCAGGUUGCCUAGGUCGUGUCCUCGUCUAUCGUUCUGCAGUUGGUGCGGGGCGAAAGUUGUGAAAUGGUCGAAGUCCCAAAAGGUGCGCACAUCGCCCGCAGGGCUUGGCCCCGCGCGUUGUGUGGCGCGCGCGCCACGUACUCUCGGCCGCGCGCUUCCUCUGGCCUUCGUUCGCUGAAGGUGGCAGGGACAAGACUGACGACAGACGCAGGCCGCGGCGUGGCUCGUUGCUUGUUGGUCUUGCUCCUGUGUUGUGUCUGUCUUUGUGUGGGUCUGUGGCGCUUGGGGGGGCGUGCUGCAGAUGGGGACAGGGCGCCCGCGGAUGUGUUCGCCGGCCCUCGGUCGUUCGGUGUCUGUGUUCUUUGUCUUCGGUGUUCUGCGCUGUCUCCUUGGGCUGGUUGCUCUGUGCAGUUCGUUUGCCUUCGGUUUCUGUCUUGCGGUGUUGUGGCGGGCUUCGCUUGUCCGCUGGGUGGACUCACAGGGACCUCGGCCAAAUUGGUGCGCUCCACCUUUCCCCCCGCCCCCUAGAGGCUUGAGGCACUAAAGGAAAAAUCGAGCAGACUUGCCUGCGGUGCUUGUGUCUUGUUUCAGCUGGGUGCUUCUGCAGGUUCAUUAGUGGGGCCUUUUUCCUUUUGUCUCGCGGUAGACAGAGACGCCCGGCAAGCGCUCAUCUCGGGGCGAACUUGCCCAGCGUCGACUGUGUUCUUGUUCAGUUUCCUUUGGGUUGCUCCCAGCGCUUCACUCUUCAGAGGCUCCCCGGCCAAACAGAAAACACGGGCCAGCGUUCUGCGGACUGCAGAAGCCCCGGCGCCCUCGCGUUCUGUUGUUAGCUGGCUCCGCUCGGCUCCUCUCGGGUGUCUGUCUUGGUCCCCUUCUGUCUCUGUGAUUUCGCUGGCCGCUCCGUCUGUUUCUCGCGUGUCUCUCUCUCUCUCUCUCUCUCUCUCUGUGUUUCCACUGCGGAGGAAGGUCACGCGACCGGCAGCUCGGUCUCGGUUCUCGGUCGGCUCCCCUCGGUUGAGGUAUAAACACUCUGCGGGGGUUGUGCUCUUCUCGUGCUCUUGAAUUAUAUUCGAACUGCUUUUAGCUCCCCUAAUUUUCACCGUAGGUAGCUCACUCUUGUUUAACGGUUCGAAAAAGGUUGGCUUCGCAGGUUUAUCCUUAUCGCAGCGUGCUCGCCUAUCGUUCUGCGUAUAUCAUCUAUCUUCAUCAUCAUCGUCAUCAGUAGUUUUUAUCAUGCAGAAGUAGAUGCGCCACAAAGUCAAUUCCUGCUCUAAUACAAGCAGGGGAAGCUCCUGCUCCCGUUGACGAGAAUGACUCGGAUUCGUGUGCGGAACAAGAACAUGACGCAU